AUGAAACAUAUCAUUGAGAAUGAGUAUGCCGAGCAGUUCACUAGAAUGUAUGAUUUUGUGGAGGAGUUGAGGAAGACUACUGUGAUUUUAGGAACAAAAGAUCGAGUUUGUGAGAAGUUUUACACUUGCUUUCAGUCUCAGAAAAUGGGUUGGAAGAAUGCUUGUAGGCAGAUAAUACACCUAGAUGGGACCUUUCUGAAAGGAAGAAUGAAAGGGCAAUUGUUAACUGCUGUGGGAAGAGAUCCUAAUGAGUCGAUGUAUAUCAUAGCAUGGGCUGUUGUACCUGUCGAAAAUAAGGUUAAUUGGGAGUGGUUUAUGGAGUUACUGCAAGAAGAUUUGAAACUGGAGGGUGGUAAUGGGCUUGCUCUCUCUUCAGAUCAGCAGAAAGAUUUAAUUUAUGCCAUUAAAAAUAUCCUUCCUUAUGCAGAGCACAUAAUGUGUGGUGCUAGGCACAUCUUUGCUCAAAAGAAGUACACACAUAUGGGGCCAUUGCAUAAGACGUUUUGGAAGUGUGCUAGAGCGUACAAUGAAACAGUUUUUUGGAGACAGCUAGAGAAGAUGAAGAACAUAAAGCUGGAAGCAUAUAAGGAAGUGAAGAGGACCACUGAUUCUCACUGGUCUAGGGAAUUCUUCGGUGACACCACCAAGUCGGCUGCAGUGGAGAACAAUAUCAGUGAGUCAUACAAUGCAGUGUCGAAGGAUGUUCGGAAAAUGCCUAUUGUUGCAUUCCUAGAGGCAAUUAGACGCCAUAUUAUGGCUAGCAACUUGCUUAAGAUAAAGGAGAUGGAAAGUGUCACAAGCUUGGUCACACCAAAGGCAUUGGCGAUUAUGAAGAAACGUAAGAGGAGCUUAAAGUGGUGUGCUCCAUUGUCAAGUGGAAGAUAUAUGAGGUCGAUCAUGGGAAGAACAAUUAGUGGGAUACCUUGUUUUCAUAUCAUGUCUGCAAUGUGGACUGAGUAUAAGGAGACUAAGCUUCCAGAGACAGUGAUUUCAGAUUGGUAUUCAGUGGAGAAGUGGAAACUUUGCUAUUCAUCCCUUCUAUUUCCUGUGAAUGGGAUGGAGCUUUGGGAAACACACAGUGAUGUUUUUGCUAUGUCUCUUCCGGACAGAAUCAUUCCAGGAAGACCAAAAAACAAUGACAGAAUCAGAGAUCCAAGUGAAGAAGCUUCUCAAAAUUCUCAGAAGACAUUAACGACAUGUAGCAAUUGUCAACAAACCGGACAUAACAAGCGUAAAUGCAAACUCGAUCUGGUCCGUAAGCCAACCAAACUGCCUUGA